AUGGCACCAAAGCUGUAUGGAUGCAAAGCAAGCCCAUGUGCUAGGGCUGUGGAAAUGUGUGCUCAAGCUAUAGGGCUGCAACUGGAAGUGGAAUACUUUAUUUUGAGCGAUGGAGAUUAUCUCAGGAGUGACUUACCAAAGAUUAACCCCAAACGUACCGUUCCCACUCUUGAUGACGAUGGCUUCUAUCUGUGGGACAGCCAUGCCAUCAUGAUCUACCUGAUGGAAAGAUAUGGAAAAACGAGCUCUUUAUACCCUGAAGACGUCCAAAAAAGAGCUUUGGUCAACCAGAGAUUGUUCUUUGACUGUGGAGACUUGUUCGCUAGACACAUCAGGGUAGUCCAUCUACUGUUGAUUGAAGGUGCCACAGAGUUGACUGAGAAGGAUAUCAAAUUCGUAGCUGAGAAUUAUGAUAUCGUUGAACAUUUUCUGCAGGGUGGAAAGUUCAUAGCUGGUAACGAGGUUACCAUUGCUGAUAUCAGUAUCUGGUGUACUAUCACUAAUUCUUCAGCCUACUCACCUGUUGACUUGGAAAAAUAUCCCAACAUCAAAGCUUGGUUCGGAAGGAUGGAAGCUUUACCUUAUGCUCACAUCAAUAUUGAAGGACGUAAAGAAUUUGAGAAAUUGUUCGCCAAGUUCUUGAACAAAUGA